AUGCCGGAAGCGUCUCCUGUUGAGGCGGGCGCCGACGCUGCAAUUGCACGCCGCGUGGUGAAGAAGAUUGACCGAGUUAUUAUCCCUCUGUUGUUUGUCACUUACAUGCUCAACUUUAUGGAUAAGGUCAUCUUGUCGAGUGCUGCUGUGUUUGGCUUGCGCGAAGAUACCCACCUUGUAGGGCAGCAAUACAGCUGGGUCAGCAGUAUCUUCUACUUUGGCUAUCUCAUAUGGGAGUAUCCAACCACGGUGCUCAUCGCCCGCCUGCCCACUGCCAAGUAUCUCACCUUCAACACUCUUGUAUGGGGCGCUGUCGUGGCGUUGACAGCAGCAUGCACCAACUUUGGGGGCCUCAUGGCCGUGAGAUUCCUCUUGGGCAUGGCAGAAGCGACCAUAACCCCGGCCUUUAUGUUUCUCACGUCGACGUGGUACACUCGAGACGAGAUGCCGACGCGAGUAGGCAUCUGGUUUGCGGGCAACUCCAUCGGCGGCAUCAUUUCCAGUCUCAUUGCCUUUGGGCUUGGACACGUCCAUGACAACGUGCAUCCUUGGCGAUGGAUGUAUAUCCUUCUCGGGGUUUUGACGUUCCUCUGGAGUAUCCCAAUGUUUUUCCUCCUCCCGGACAGCAUCUCCAAGGCCAAGUUCCUCACGCCUGAAGAACGGGAGAUUGCAGCAAACCGCACGAUUGUUGCAGGCACGGGAACUACGGAAAAUACGCGCUGGAGAUGGGAUCAGCUAGUGGAAUGUCUGAUUGACCCAAAGACCUGGCUCAUUUUUCUCAUUGAGCUUGUUGGCCAAAUGCCUAAUAGCGGCACGCAAAGCUUUUCCAACAUCAUCAUUGCUUCCUUCAACUUCACCUCCUUACAGUCGACGCUCAUCAACAUCCCUUACUCUGUUCUUUCUGCAAGCAUCAUCGCAGGCACUGGAUGGCUUGCUGGCCGCUACCGGACUAUGAACUGCAUACUCAUCGUUCUUGUCCUUGUACCAUGUGUCGUUGGUUCUGCAGUCAUCUACCGCCGCGAAUCAGUACCCCACGGCGUUCAAUUGUUUGCAUAUUUCCUGCUAUCCCCCGGUCCUGCCGCGAUGCCUCUCACCAUGGCUCUCGUGCAGUCCAAUUACCGUGGCGUCACGAAGAAGAUGACUGUGACGGCCUUGCUGUUCCUGGCAUAUUGUGCUGGUAAUAUCGCUGGCCCUCAGUUCUUCCGCACGUCUGAAGCGCCAACCUAUCAGACGGCUUUCAAGACAAUCAUGAUUUGCUACUGCCUCGUCAUAUUUCUGGCUGUUGUUUUGAGGUUUUAUCUGCAGUGGGUGAAUGCGCAGCGCUCAAAGGAAGAGGGCUUUGUUGGGAAUGCGGGAGCAGCUGGUGUAGUUGCUGCAGGAAAAGUAUCCGAUAUUGUGGAUGGGAAAGAUGUUGCGGAAACAGUUACGGGUAUUCAGCUAAGACCAGAAGACUAUGAAGAUGUGACGGACUGGAAAACGGUGGGAUUUAGAUAUCGAUUGUAAGCAGUCUACUGCUCAUCUGCACGAUUUUGUUCAUAAUACUGGAAUUAUCUCUGC